UGUGCAAGGAAGCAAGAGCAAUUACUAAAUUAUCAGUACUCCAUUGAUUUAAGUGGGUAAUCACGAAAACCCCUUCAAACCGAUGUUCCUAUUGGCUCCGACGAUUGCGGCGUCUCCACCCGCAUGCAAGGAGAUAGUCUAGCUACAUUUUGGGCGAUCGUUAAUACUAACUAUCGUAAUUAUGAGGGUCGCCCAGUCUUUUCAUUGAGCUACACCAAGCGGGAAAAAAGUGAGCGAAGAAUGAACAAGUGAACUGGGAGAUACGUUAAAAAUCUGCAAAAAAUCGUUUUGAUGAAGGCCAAACAACCUGAGUUCACUGCGGUGCAAAAGUGCACUCGUAUCUCACCAAGUUUAGUGAAGAAGAAGAGAACCAUUUACUCAGCUGAUGAGGAUCUACAGCUGCAUCAUGCAUGAAUCACAUCAUGAAGAUAAGCCAAUGAUGUUAUUGGACGAAAACAUCCCAAAAAGAGAAGAAAGUCAGAGGACGUUAUCCCAGUGGAGCUCCGUUCCUUACGGUUCACCUUGCUCAUGUGCUCCAGAUAAUAAUAUAAGACACUCCAGAUGGUGACGAUAUAGAUGAUCCAGCUCCUAAGGAGAUGGAACAUCUACAGAUAGUGUUCACUACAGGAGUGAGAGAAGAUGGCAGCGAAGUAGUGGAACUACCGACAAGUUGCAGUGCCCCGCCAGUUGCAGCAGGAGGAGCUGCAGGAGCAAGUGUUGGCCCUGCCAGGACUUCGGAAGGCAAACUGACAGAGAGUUUAUAUUUUGUGCCUAAGACUCUCAGUGGAGCUGUUCCGGAGAUUCCAACAGCUACUUCAAUCAAUACCGAUGAACCUGAGCCACAAGGCAACCACGAUGUGUUGCCGCAAACUGCAGGUUCACCUUCCCCUUCAGCUACAUCUACGUCAAGCACACACACACCCAACUGUUGGUCGAGAAUUAGCAACAGGAAAUUGAAAGUUGUAACUAUUGUAUUUGCUACUCUGCUACUGAGUGCUUUUGGUAUAGCAUUGUGCGCCAACUAUGUCUGGAUUCCGCUUCACAAUCUUACGCAAUCUCAUGAUGUCCUGCAUCGCGAGGGAAAUGUACCAAUUCUUUUACAGUUGAGCUCAUUGUUAGUCAAGAAAUUCCGUGUUGUCCAGGAAGUUGAUUUAAAAGAUUCAUUGCACACAGUAUCUGUGUACCUACCUAAUUACGGUUGCAAUGAACUACGAACUACUACAACAACACAACAUUACAAUGCAAGCGCUCCGCCUCCUGACAUUCCUAUCUACAUGCUGGAACAUUCUCAUAUUUCGCUACACACCUGUGCCACUACCAAAGAAGAUGAAAAUAAUCCCGUCUUUUUCUAUAUCACAAAAACAGUCGAGAAAAGCAUUAACUUUGAUGGCAACCAAAAAAAAGGAAGACAUGCAAUAUCUGUUGGAAUUGACGACUCUUUUAAAUAUACCACCAUAUCCUCUCUGAUAACCUCGAAGCGAUUACUACUCAAUCCGUUUUAGUGAGAUUCCAUCUAAUGUCACCCUCAUGUAUAAUCUUACUGUGACAAUUAUAAAAGUGGACCUUGAUGCUGUGAACGCAACACGAGUGGGGACCAUUACCCCUGACAGUGAUGAUAGAACCCUAGAGAGGUCAAUCGACUUUGGCACUGGAGAAUACUGUUUGUUGGCCGACAUCAAGGACAGUGCUAAACAGAAAACCACUCACAACUACACCACUCUAGAGACGCACACAGAGCCCCGUGUCGGUGCCGCAGUUGGAGUCACAGUUGGUUUGUUGCUGGUGUUCAUUCUUGUGGUGCUACUGCCUGGAGUGCUUGUAGUGUUUUAUGGUAAAGAGUUACUUUGUUUCUGUUAUACCAAGUAUAAAGGUUAUACCUCAUUUUAAUAACCAAAUUUGUUUUCACAUUACUAAAUUAGGAUGAUUUCUUGUAAUGAAAUGAUAUUUUUU